AAAUUCACGUGACCGGAAACUUAGACUUCUGCGGAAGCUGUGCAAAUAUUUGCUCAAAUAUCAAACCAUUUCCCGGGAAAACGAAGCAAAACAAACUAACCAAGCGAGGGAGAGAUGAGUAAUCGUUCGUAAGUAAGUAGGUUAGCUUGCUACUUUUGAUUGUCUUUGAUCGCGUGUAGUGAGUCGCCUAUGAUGGUAUGCAGCCUGAAGCGAAGGAUCCAGAGGAGGAUAGUGUCUGGGAGGAACCACCUUCAAUGCUGUGGGGACUGGACCCCAUGUUCAACGCUUUCACCAGGCUCUAUGUCAAAGACAUCCUACAGAUGAGAGAGUCCUGUCAAGUGUCAGGGAUAUACUUCUACAACUCUCACCCGAUAUUCAAAGUUGAUGUGCUCGGGACUGUGGUGUACAAACGAGAGCGAGAAGACUUCUUCUGUUACGGAGUUGAUGAUGGUACUGGUGUUAUAAACAGCCUUUGCUGGAAAGAUGAACCCUGGAGGGAGCAAGGUGACCCUGCUACAUCAGGGUCAAGGUCCUUCAUUAGCAGUGCACGUGGAGACUUCAACCCAGCCAGCGAGCUGAAGAAACUACGGCAAGCCCAACACAGCAGCUCCCACCUGGAGAUAGGAGAACUGCUCAGGGUGAGAGGGCCCGUCAAGACCUCCAGACAACAGCGAGAGAUAAUGGCCUCUACUUACUAUAAAGUGUCAGACCCGGUGAUGGCGGUCCAGAUAUCCUGGAUGAUGGAGGUUCCUCAGCUCUACAGACAGUGCUAUGAUAAACCAUUCCAUCUGGACAGCAGUGCACAGAACCCUAACAUUCAAGGUGGUUCUGCUUCCUACCUGCUUGGCAGAGCCACUCGUAUCCUGAAGGACUUCCUGAAAGAGAAAGAAGUCACCAGGUUCAGACCCUAUGAUGUCCAGGACCUUCUACAGCCUCUGGUCUCCAGACAACCUCAGAAGACAGCAGCAGAACAAGAGCCUGAGGCUGGUCCAUCAUCGGGUCCACCAACCUCUUUCAAACAGCUCAGGGAGCUACUCCAGAAGAGCCUUCAGAUUCUGCAGGACGAAGGCUUGGUGUUCCGCAAGGUCAAAUGUCAGGAUGAAGUCUACCAUGUAACGGAACGGGACAAGGAUCUUCUCAUGGCAAUCAGAGACAUUCUUCGGGAAGAUUGCAGACGAGAGAAAUAUGCAGAAAAGGGUUGCCACAUCCUGCACAUCCUGUCCAGUGUGAGACAGAGGUACAGUCGCAACGUGAGCAAGGCAGCCUUGGAGCUGGUCCUCAAAGCUCUGGAGUGUAAUAGUGACAUCAUCAGCACCAGCGACAGUCAUUACACUAUCCUCUGACGCUGAUUUAGACUUUCUGGGACAUUCCACAAACUAUCUGAAAUGGGAGUGAAACGGGGAGGUACUAUCCGACCUUGUCCAAUAAGAAACGUAUGUUUUUGUUUUCCCGUUGGAAAAAUAUUGUAACGACCCUGGGUUUAUAAUAUGACCCAUAAUAAAUUGGAUUAUUACUUAA